UUAAAGGCGCACCGAGCGUCAGCAGAAAGCAGCCUGACAAUCUAUGGUGGACUGCGCAGAUGAAGGAUAUGGCAGCGACCUUAUAUUUGAUCAAUGAUAGAUUUUCUCCAUCUGGGAAUUAGGAAAUAUCUCACUCUUUAGUGCACCCACCUUCUGAAUGGAAACAUGGACACCACCUACAAAGGAGGAAUUGUAGUCAACAAUGUCCAGGAACUAUGAGCCUGGUCACUCAGUAGGGAUGUUGGCUACUGUGGAACAUGGUCCCAUCCUCUGCAGCGACUCCAACAUCCUCUGCCUCUCCUGGAAGGGCCGGGUCCCCAAGAGCGAGAAGGACAAGCCGGUGUGCCAGCGGCGCUACCAUGAGGAGGGCUGGCUGGCCACAGGGAACGGGAGAGGGGUGGUGGGCGUGACGUUCACAUCCAGCCACUGCAGGAGAGACAGGAACACUCCUCAGAGAAUCAACUUCAACCUGCGAGGACACAACAGUGAGGUUGUGUUGGUUCGUUGGAAUGAGCCCUUUCAGAAGUUGGCCACGUGUGACAUGGAGGGAGGCAUCUUCGUCUGGAUUCAGUAUGAGGGACGGUGGUCUGUAGAGUUAGUGAAUGACCGUGGUGCCCAGGUGAGUGAUUUCACAUGGUCCCAUGAUGGCACUCAGGCCUUGAUCGCCUACAGGGAUGGGUUUGUCUUGGUGGGGUCAGUCAGCGGACAGAGACACUGGUCCUCAGAGAUCAACCUGGAGAGCCAGAUCACCUGUGGCAUCUGGACACCUGACGACCAACAGGUGUUGUUUGGUACAGCCGACGGUCAGGUGAUAGUGAUGGACUGUCAUGGUCGCAUGCUGGCCCAUGUCCUGCUACACGAGUCGGAUGGCAUCGUCGGCAUGUCAUGGAACUGCCCUUGCUUCCUAGUGGAGGACUGCACAGAAAGCGACACCGACUCUGAUGACAACCCACCUCAAGUGCGUAUUCUGAAGCCCCUUCUGACAGUUAGCUUCAUAUCAGGAGACAUCAGUUUGAUGAACAACUACGAUGACCUCGCUCCUACCGUCAUCCGCUCAGGACUCAAAGAUGUGGAGGUCCAGUGGUGUUCUCAGGGGGACCUCCUGGCGGCAGCUGGGAUGGAGAGACAUGGACUCCCUGGAGUCCCCUCUGACCCUAUCGUGAGGAACGCCCUGGUCAAAUUCUACAACGUCCAAGGAGAACAUAUCUACACGUUAGAAACACCUGCCCAGCGCCCCAUCACCACUAUCUGCUGGGGCCACAGAGACUCUCGUCUGUUCCUGGCGUGUGGCACGGCGCUGUACGUGGUGCGGGUGGAGCACCGGGUGGCCAGCCUGCAGCUGCUGUGCCAACAGGGCAUCGCCAGUGCCCUGCGGGAGGAGAGGGACGUGGGCAAACUAAACAUGCCCUCCUUACUCUGUUCCUAUGUCACAACCGCCUUCAUACCCACCAUCAAGCCUCCUAUUCCUGAUCCCAACAACAUCCGGGACUUUGUCAGCUACCCCACAGCUGGUAACGAGAGGCUGCACUGCACCAUGAAGCGAGCGGAGGACAACCCAGAGGCAGGGGGACCCUGUUACACCCUCUACCUGGAACACCUAGGUGGUCUGGUGCCCAUCCUCAAAGGCAGACGCAUCAGCAAGCUACGGCCAGAGUUCAUCAUCAUAGACCCUAAAACAGACAGCAAAGCAGAUGAGGUGUGUGUGAAUGCUAUGAUCUCCUACAUGACUGACAGCUGUAACUGUUCGGACUCCAGCGACAUUGAGUUGAGUGACGAGUGGGUCGGGAAGAAGUCCCCUAAACUGUCCAGAGGAAACGGGUCACCCAAGCUUUCCAGGAGGAACAUGGAAUCUAGAAAAUCUCCCAAAAUGUCCCGGGCUAGUCAAGAAGGCCCACGAUCACCCCGGUUACCAACAAAGAAGCCACCAAUUCGAUCUCCCAGUUUGACGCGUCGAGAGAUGUCCAUGGAUGGAAUCUCUGAGCAUAAUUAUCUUGCUCAAGUCACGUCCAAUAUUUGGGGGACAAAGUUCAAAAUCGUUGGACUUGCUUCUUUCCUACCUGCUAAUCUUGGUGCAGUUAUCUAUAAGACCAGUUUGCUGCAUCUACAACCAAGGCAGAUGACAAUCUACCUUCCGGAGGUGCGGAAAAUAUCACUUGACUUCAUGAGCCUGCCUGUCUUUAACCCAAACGUCUUCAGUGAGGAUGAGGAUGACUUGCCUGUGAUGGGACCAUCUGGAGUGACAAGUGACAACCCUUCCUGUACGGUCAACAUCCCCAUCGCACCCAUCCACAGCCCUGCCCAAGCCAUGUCCCCCACUCAGAGCAUUGGACUGGUCCAGUCCCUGCUGGCCAAUCAGAACAUCCAGCUGGAUGUCUUGACCAAUCCCACGGCUACGGCUUCAGCUGCAGCGGCCGCUGCAGCAGCCUCGGCCUCUAUUGCAGGGCCUGAUCACGGUCAGAAUGCAGUAGCAGCACAGUACAGUGGGACUCUAGGAAGGUACUCCAACCCAGGACAGGUGAUUUUUAACAGGCUAGAGAUGGGUCCCCUCCUAGCUGGAACACUGCCUCCACCUCCGCCUCCACAUCACCCCCCUCAACAACCUCAACAACAACACUCCUCCCGAUCCAGACCUCCUUCAUUCAUAGACACAGACACACUACGUUCUAGACCUCCUUCCUUCCUCGAUGCAGAGACUUCCCUUGAGAUCCAGAUGAGGAAGGUGAACCCUCCACCACCCUACCCAGGAACCAUAGUGUCUGCAGCCACCGCCACAACCUCCACCGCUCCUCAGACCCUCAUCACCAACUGUGACAACCCCAACAUACUGGUCACAGCAGACCCGUGUCUGAAGAAAGACGAGUUCUCACUUCACCCAGUUGGUCUCCAGUACCAGAUGGGAUACGAGAGGAUCACAACCUUUGACAGCAGUGGGAAUGUAGAGGAGGUGUGUCGCCCUCGCAGAAGACUCAUAAGCAACCAGAACACCUACGCUGUUCAAGGCAUGGGAGGUUCGGCCACACUUAAAGUCACCUCAUCGUCUGACAGUAAGAAAGUCCAGCUUCCUUACAGCUCAGCGACUCUAAGCCGCCUCUCUGUGCCACGAUACUCCAUACCCAGCAGAGACCCGCCCCCCUACCCAGAUCCAGCCAAUCAGGUUAACAUUAACACGACGACACUUUCUCCUCCCCAACGCAUGGACAGUAGUCACAUGAUUCACGCCACCUUGCGACCUGACCGGCGAGACGUGGAAUCUCGCCUGAAGGUGUCCCAGAUGGUUGACGCUUCAAGGACUCUACCAACCAAGUCUAAGAUCAACAGUGCGGCCCUAGCACUCUCUUACCAGCAGAGGGUGCCCACGGCUCUGUAUACCUGCACUCAGUGCAGCAGCAACAGCAGCAGCACCAGUGUCAGUGUUAGUGGUGGUGGUAGUAGCAGCAGUGGCAUCGCAGGAGGCACUGUAGUGCGACAGGAUUUCCCACCAGGAAAAGGUGCUCAUCACAGCACCAUCAUUGUUCAUUCCAAAAGCACUUUGUCUCAAGCUUCUCAGUCAUCUUACAAUCUGCUGAGUCCUGUUGAUAACAGCAGGGAUAGGACUGUGUAUGUGAACUCUGCCUUUACCGAAGACGAGACAUUAAGUCAGCAGUGUCGUCACUUGACUCUUGGGGAAGUUAGUUUGACACUGAAACGUCCUCCACCAUACCAGUGGGACCCAAACACUGCAGAGGAGUUCUGGAUACCCCCAGAACAGACUAUCUUAGCUCCUCCUCCACCACCAACACACAAACCACCACCCCCGAUCAUCUUCAGCAAUACUCAGCAUCUGGACAUGACACGGCUGCCUUUUGUACUCUCAACAAAACCUCCCAGCAGCCCAAGUACUGUUACUUUCCCAUCAGGUUACCAGAUCUCCAUGUCACCUUUCCCUCCAGGGGUUGGUCAGGAUGGAUCCCCACUCCAGUCCAUGCAGAGCCAUCCACCACCCUGCCCUCCCAACGAAGUAGUUGCUCCAGUCCCCCAGUUUGCCCAGCAGGACCCCAACCUGGUCUUGCCACCUGGCUACCCUCCCAGCCAUGCCAACCUAGCUUGCUGCCCUCUGCCCCCGAUGUACCCAGGGGCCGCCUCCUGUGCUGGGCUUCAGCUGCACCCUGUUAGCCUGCACCCCUGGAACCCAUAUAGCCUACCCAUGCAGGACCUGUCAGGCUCUGCCACCCUCCCCAGCAAGUCUCAUCAGGUGUUAGAAAAGCCAGUCCUCUCCCCACCUCCUCCUGUUGCUCCCCCCCCACCACCUCUUACACUUCCUCCUCCUCCACCAAGCAAGCUGCCGAAAUCCAAAAGCCCUACAGAGGAGCUGGCGGAAUCUGCCAGUAGCUUCCAGGAGCCGUCUUCUCUAAACGAAAGCCCCGUUCCAGACCGACAGGGGUCUGACAUGUUCAGCAAGAAAAGUCGUAAACGUCUAGACAGCCGAGCCGAGGCGGCAAACAUGACCACCGUCUCAGAGGGCAAAUCCAAAAAGGAAGGGCGCGCCCUCUCCGACUUCAACUCCCUCAUCUCCAGCCCCAGGCUUGGCGGCAGGGAGAAGAAGAAACUCAAAGGCCAGAGGGAGCAGCUGAACAAAACCAAGAAGCUCAACAGGACCAGUACCACCAGCGAGUUCCAGGACAGUUCGGAGAGCGAGCCCGAGCUCUUCAUCAGCGGAGAUGAACUGAUGAACCAGAGCCAGAGCUCCAAGAAGGGUUGGAAGAGUAAGAGAAGCCUGAGGAUGGCCAGUGAACUGGAGGAGAUUAAGUGCAGGAAGGCCAAUGAGAGAGAGGACCGUGGGCUGGGCAGCCAGGGAUUCAUCUAUGUCAUGGCCAAUAAGCAGCCACUCUGGAAUGAGGCCACACAGGUCUACCAGUUGGACUUCGGAGGACGAGUCACUCAGGAGUCUGCUAAGAACUUUCAGAUCGAGCUGGACGGGAGACAGGUGAUGCAGUUUGGCAGAAUCGAUGGGAACGCAUAUAUCCUGGAUUUCCAGUAUCCUUUCUCAGCAGUGCAGGCCUUUGCUGUUGCCUUAGCCAAUGUUACUCAAAGGCUGAAGUAAGAGACUGCUCUAACCAGUGGUGUAGUGGAGGAUAUUUUGUGCAAGUGUUUACCUACCUUUUGCGGAAAAAUGCAUUGAAAGUAUAGGGAGCAUUACAUUACUCACCGCAAAUGGCGAUCAGUGUUUACCCACCUGUGUUUUUUACCACUACAUCACUGGCUCUAACCCAACGUCACAUAUGUGUUCGAAAAAAAGGAGGAAGGGAAGCGCUGCUAAGGUACACAAUAGUAGAUUGUGGGGUAAAUGAAUAUAAUUCAUAAAAAAUGCCUUUAUUUGUAUGGCAUGUUCAAUGGAAACAAAGUUUAGAAACGCUGACAAAUGUGUCAUAUACAGUAUAUGGCUCUGUUACAACGUACUCUGAUGCAAAGUGACAGAAUAAUCAGAGAUGAUUAUACUGUGUCCUGUAACACGGGACUGUCAGUGUAGUUCUGUGCUGGACAAGAUGGAUAAUAGGGCUAUGAGAUACAUUUUAUUAGGUACGUUUCUCUUACUUACCGUAUAUAUGCAUUGGAUUUAAAAAAUGUAAUUUUAAAAUGCGUGACUAAGAUUGCAGGUUAUAAUGGUCAUAAGAAAAGUAAGUGCAAUGUUGGACAAUGUUGAAAUAAUGUAUUGUGAGAGAGGAGACCAUGUUGAUUGUGGAAAGACAACACGAUGAGUUUGAAAGUAAUAGAGUUUAUUUGGAUGUUAUUUCGAAGAUCACUUCUAUGAAGUGAUCCUAGGAAUAUCAUCAUUUUCCGUAAAUGUUUUUGUAGGACCUAGAAAUAUCCACAUUUCCAUUAUGUAAACGUUAUUGUAGGACUACAUACCCUCAUAUGACAUAAAUUGUAACACAUUCAUAACUAAAUUGUAACAUGUAUGUUAUCAAACCUUUCUGCCCAUCAUUUCAUUUGGUUGAACCUAUGAAAAAAAAUGUCAUGCAUGUGUAAAUCAUUCACCAAAAUCAUCAAAUGCAUGGUUCAUGUAUCUGGGGGAAAAAUGCAUACAGUAGAUAUCCCACCUGCUGCCAGAUCCGUCAACUUUUGUUAAACCCUGCAAGAAAAUGAAAGGCUAUCCUUAAUUUAAUGUUAUGGUGUAUAAGCUUGGUUGGCUCUGUGUUUUAGUCACUGGGUGUGGUUACGAUGCUACUUGAACAUUGCAUUUGAAUGUGAAGUGCUUUGCCUCCUUGGAGUUUCUGCUGCUGCUUUUGAUAGAUAAUGUCUGCAUUGCUGCUAACAGUGUGUGUCACUUGGUACUGAAGACAUUGAAGUUAUCAUUUUUUACAUUUUCAGAUUUUAAUUGGAUUUGAUUGACUAAUUCAUUUGUGAAUAUGUUAUUCAGUAGUUAACAUGUGUCUUAUGCGGCUUUAUCUGAAAGUACUGUAACUUCCAAAAUAAUGGAAACACUUGAGUAAAUGAGGGAUACGAAGUAUAUUGAAAGCAGGUGCUUCCACAUAGGUGUGGUUCCCGAGUUAAUUAAGUAAUUAACACCCCAUCGUGCUUAGGGUCUGGCAUACAAAUGUUGGGAAGGCCAUUAUUUUGGCUACCAUGGCUGUGUUAUGACAAUUCCCCCAUCCACAGGGCACGAGUGGUCAUUGAAUGGUUUGAUAAGCAUGAAAACCAUGUAAACCACAUGCCAUGGCUGUGUCAGUUACCAGAUUUAAACCCAAUUGAACACUUAGGGGAGAUUCUGGAGCGGCGCCUCCCUCCAGCAUUUGCCGUGUUUCGCCCACCAAGCAAAGAGUUUUUGUAUGGAGGCCAAUGAGAGUGUCGAAUUUGGUCAGCAAAAAAAUGUAUGGCUUCUUUACUACUUGAGGUUUAUAGACGUUUCGUAAUGGUUAAGUUGUUACGAGUGUGCUGAUAUAAGUAGGACACGUGACAUCUCGCCAACAUUGAGAAAAAACACUUUGUAUCUGAGUUGUCUCGAGUUGGCUAUGGAUAUUCAUGGCAUGAGGCUAAUAGCAUAGCAUCUCUUGCCAUUGAAUACAGGAGGUUAAAAACGAUUACAAUAGUGAGAUGUAUCCACCAAUCCAAAGAAGGGAUAGGCGGGAGCUAGACAGCCCGCCAUGCCGCUUUAUGGACAAUGACUCCCAUUGUUAUGGCAGGGAUACAUGUAUAUUGUUAGUAUGUACAUCAUUUUUGGCGGUGCUUGAGACAGCGUUUUCCACCACAAUCAACCAAAUUAUGGAAUUUCUCACAGAAGAAUGGUGUCGCAUCCCUCCAAUAGAGUUCCAGACACUUGUAGAAUCUAUGCCAAGGUGCAUUGAAGCUGUUCUGGCUCGUAGUGACCCAACGCCCUAUUAAGACACUUUAUGUUGGUGUUUCCCUUCUUUUGGCAGUUAACUGUAUAUCUGCAGGUUAUGUGAUGAUUCAACUAUUCAAAUCAAAUCAAAUGUAUUUCUAAAGCCCUUCUUACAUCAGCUGAUAUCUCAAAGUGCUGUACAGAAACCCAGCCUAAAACCCCAAACGGCAAGCAAUGCAGGUGUAUAAGCACGGUGGCUAGGAAAAACUCCCUAGAAAGGCCAGAACCUAGGAAGAAACCUAGAGAGGAACCAGCCAAUGAGGGGUGGCCAGUCCUCUUCUGGCUGUGCUGGGUGGAGAUUAUAACAGAACAUGGCCAAGAUGUUCAAAUGUUCAAAGAUGAUCAGCAGGGUCAAAUAAUAAUAAUCACAGUGGUUGUCGAGGGUGCAACAGGUCAACACCUCGGGAGUAAAUGUCAGUUGGAUGUUCAUAGCCGAUCAUUCAGAGUAUCUCUACUGCUCCUGCUGUCUCUAGAGAGUUGAAAACAGCAGGUCUGGGACAGGUAGCACGUCCAGUGAACAGGUCAGGGUUUCAUAGCCGCAGGCAGAACAGUUGAAACUGGAGCAGCAGCACAGCCAGGUGGACUGGGGACAGCAAGGAGUCAUCAGGCCAGGUAGUCCCGAGGCAUGAUCCUAGGGCUCAGGUCCUCCAAGAGAGAGAAAGAAAGAAAGAAUUAGAGAGAGCAUACUUAAAUUCACACAGGACACAGGAGAAAUACUCCAGAUAUAACAGACUGACCCUAGCCCCCCGACACAUAAACUACUGCAGCAUAAAUACUGGAGGCUGAGACAGGAGAGGUCGGGAGACUGUGGCCCCGUCCAACUAUUCAAUGCUUAGCAUUGUUACUCUACUGUGUAAUACAUCAAUACAGUGUGUGUGGGUCAUUAUGAAUCAGCAUCACCACCUAAAAUAAUAUUAUUUUGUUGCCUAAAUGGAUUUUUAUUUUAUUUUAAAUCUUAUACAAUUAUUCUGUCCAGUUUAUAUAUCAGAAGAUAUAUCAUACAUUAAAAUAUAGGCCUACCACCCGAUGUUCAAAAACGUAAUAAAAUGUAGAACACUUA